AAAACAGACGAAUAUUUAGCAACGACUAAAUUCAAAUAAAUCGCCUUGAGAAACGCUCAAGGUCGACGAGACGUCAGUGUAUUUAGUGUGAAUUACUUAUGUUGGAUUAUGUAGAAAAGUUAAAAAAUUGUUUUAACAAGUCUAUGCUUUCUCAUGUUCAUAAUUAAUAAGACGUGGAAGUGCUUUUGUUCCAGCCCAUUAAAUCAAAUACUCGACCAAAUCUUCAAUUUCGCUGUUCUGAAACAAAGGACGAAUGUGAAGCGCUGUGAACUUAUUUAGUCCAAAAACAAAGCUCUACAAUUAGAAUUAUAAGUAUGCUUUAGCUCUGCAUUCUAUGCUCAGUGGUCUCAAAAUACCAGAGCAAUGCUUCGGACAUAUAGUUAUAAGUAAACGUAAUCCGUAGAUUAUUUGAAGAUAUUUGGAAUAUAGUAUAUUCCAUUACAUUGAAAUAAAGCAAUUGUAGUUCCCGUCUUUAGAAAGAACCGCGUACUUAAUACAAAUCUGCUCCCAAACUAUUGGCUUCUAUCACACUCCUCAGAAUGUGUGUCUCUAGUGAAAAGUGGGCUCAUGAGAAACAGUUCGGCUUCCCGUUCAGGUUUUGGAUACAUUGAUGACAUUUUCACCUAACACAAAAUGUUGGGGCGUCGCAACACUUGUUGCAAAUCAACAAUUGUUGUGCUUAUUUACAUCAGGCCCAUCCGCGAAUUGUUGAACAGCGACUAAAGAUAAUUCAUCUUGAGUGUAUGUUUUUCAUUGAACUGUGUCGUUUACUGUAAACUAUUUACAAUUACUGAUGGCACAACACUUCGCUUGUCCGAACAUUUUAAGGACUUUUAAUACCUGACAGGUUUAUCGACCUAGAUGCUUCUAGUGACUUCUGGAAUUUCAAAAACAAGGAGUAUAUUAUAUUUUAAAACAUGCUAAUAAUUGUAUUGUGUUACGAAGCAAAAUAGUACAUAGUUCACUAUUAAUAUUCCUUAUCGAUUGUCCAUGUAUUUACGACAUUGUAGUUGGUUAAAUCAGUUUCUCUGCAUUUACAAUAAUGGAGUGAUUUAUCAAUAACUGGUUCGCUUGAUGCAUCAUUUUAACGUGUACAAAUCUAUAAUAUACUCAAACAUGGAAAACGAGGUAUUACCGAACAAGCCAUGACUAGUCGAAGAUUAUUUAGUUAUUUUUCUUCAUCCAAUAGUAAGAAUAGUAAAAGAUGUUCUGUAAAGUCUUAUCUGCAGAAUCCAGUUGGUAGUGCCUAAAUACCAACUAAACGUCCUCCUGUAUUUAUGUGUAGUGUUUCAUUCACUCUUAUUUAGUCCAACCGAUGCAUAAAAAAGAACUGACAUUUUGACGAAACGACUUCACGAUGUCAAUUAUUGUCAUGUAAAAUUUCGAUUCACAAUAUGGUUUUUGUUCGUCUUGUUUAAAAAAAUUAGAAAUAACUAGUGACUUCGUGCAUUAUUAGGACGGCUCAGGGGUUUUCGUUCUGAUUUUUUGACUUUCCUUCAACAAUAAAAUCAAUUUGUAAUUACGUUAAUGCUUAAAGCGCAAAGUUGUUGUAUUUCAAAAAAGUUUGUUUAAGACCAUUUUGCUUUGUGUACGUUGUGUAGAUGUUUGUAACGCUGAUAUUUUGUUGGGGCUGGUAAAUUCGCAAAUGCCUGUCUGCCUAAAAGUUACUUCGAGGUAUUUUCGUUUACAUACUUGAUAGACAUUUAAUAUCCCAUUAUAAGCUGUCCAAGUAAACUUUCGAACAAUUUUUCUACUACUAAUAUACUGGUAAUGUGUUUCAGGCUACAUUGACUAGCUCAAACCUGACUAAAAUUAAUGGUAUUCAAAGAUCAGUAAAUCAAAUGGAUCAAAACCCUUUGUUACUGAAAAUACAGAGGAUCGUAAAUGGAAUGCCAGAGAAUGAAGGGCCGUUACUAAAUGGACUAGACUCUAUUUUUCCUCUCAUGGCAAACAACUCCAUUAGCAAUCGCAGGACCCUUCGUAGCAAUUUGGAAAAAAUUCAGUUAAAUUACUAUCAAGAUCUUCUAACAUCGUUUGGUGAUGUUAAGAAGCGUCUAGACUCUCUAGAUACUUGUAUAAACAGUAUUUUAGAAACAUGCCUUAGAAUGAAUGGAACAUUGACUUCUGUUAAAUCGGAGACGGUAUGUUUAGUGGAAGAGGCACAACAGUUGAAAUCUGACAGUAAAGUGGCGGAGAUCAAAGCUUAUUUACUGGAACUGUUAGUUGGCUCAUACCAAAUCUCUGCAAAAGAUGCACAAAUAUUGUCCUCUAAAAUUAGCCAUGCAGAUGACACUUUUUUUUCAGCUCUUUUACGUGGCAAAGAAAUAAAAAAGAUGUGUAAAGAUUUAUUGCAGUCAAACGAAUUAACCCUCAGCUGCUCACUGAUGAAUGAAGCAACAGAAAUUUUGGACACGGCAUAUGAAAAUCUUUAUGAAUGGGUUCAAAAUGAAUGCAUGAAACAGGUUCAAGAAACACCUGAAAUAUCUCCCUAUCUUCAACGUGCUUUGUCAGAAUUACAAAAUAAACCAGUUCUUCUAAAGUAUGCUCUUGAUGAAUACGCUGGUGCUCGUCGCAAGGCUUCUGUUAAAUCUUUUCUUGAUGUUCUCACAGUUGAACUUGACUCGAAUUCCACUGUCAGGAAUCAUUCUGUUGGCACAGUUUAUACGAUGGACAUAAGAGAAAAAUCACGUGAUCAUGGACGACUUGUGAGUGAUGUACUUGCUUGUGUUCAUCAAAUUACAGCAUCGGAGAAAGAGUAUAUAAAUAGUUUAUCCAAGGACUGUCACGAUACACUAAUUGCAGACUUGAAGAUCAUUUGUUUGGAUACAAUUACCGAGAGUUUAUGCUCUCACCUUAAAUUGAACAUUGAAAACAUGUUGGUAUCUCAUCAUGAUGCCGUUACAUUAUAUAAAAUGAAUAAUAUUAUGAGAUUUUAUCAACAUACAUUUAGAUCACUAAUUAAAUCUACUGCCUCACUAAAUUUAUGCCUAGAUGAAGUUCAGAAGCUCUGUAAAAGGUUAUUACUCAGCACUCUCAAACAAUUUGUUAAACAAACUCUAGAACAACCUGAUCAUCCAAACUUAAAUUUAUCUCCGAAUGAACUAAUCACUGACACUCUGCAAUUACUUAUCCAAAUGGUCGGUGAUCAAGAUAUUUCAUUACUACCAAACGAUGAAGUGAAAGCCGAACGCGCAGAGGUGAUCGAUUGUUUGGUAUCCCCUUUGAUCGCUUACUGCGAAAAGUCUGCUAGCUUACUCAACCUUAAAUCCCUAUCGCAAAUAAGACAUCUGGACGACCAACCACCCACUAAUCCACCUGAUAACCCUUCAGUAUCAAUAUACUUAGCUAACUGUUUCAAUGUUAUUCAGGUCAGUCUUUCAGAGGUUCCUUUCAGUGCUAGUCAAGUUGAACAAAUCGCACUGAAGUUAGAUAACUGUUUGAAUUCAUUGGUUGUUGCACAAGUUUCCUUUAUACUCGAAAGGACAGGUCUUUUGUUAAUAAAUCAAAAACUUGACACUGCUCAGGAUUCUAAUGUACCUCAGCACACUAUAUCCCAAUUUCAUGACAUGCUGGUGGAUUUCAAUAAUUACUUAUCGGAUCCAAACAAGCUAUGCCUUUCUGACAUGAGCAAACUAUGUUCCCAACAAUUACGAAGGUUGGUUCGUCGUCGUUCUGCUGACCAGAUCCAUAGUUACUACCAAUCUGUUCAUCAAGCAAUCAUGAAUAUAUCCAAAACCUGUUCGGAAGGGGAUACAACUGUACAACUGUGUACUCCACAACAUGUCGCUGAACUAAUUCUCAACUUCUGAUUGUUUUCGUAAAAAUGAGAAAAAUUGGUUCUGCUCUUAUUGUUUUCUUCAGAUUAUUUUUAUCCCAUUCGGGGAAAGCUGUUUGCUGUCGCAGUAUCUAUACACCAUAAUGAACCCUGACUGUUUGCAUGGUCCCCGCCACAUCAGAUUUAAAAAUAAAACGGAAGGUUACAUAUGAUACAUUGGU